UCCCCUGCGAUUCUAGAAUCUAGACCACCCUGUGAAGUCCCAAGGCCGUGAGAAGCGAGUAGUCGCCCAGAAACUGUACCAAGCGAGACACCAGCAUAGCUCCCAACUUAGCCAUCGCGUCGCUCACGAGCAGCUCGUAAGUAGUGCAUAAUUUCACUGAUCGCUGAUCCCUGCGCUAUAUCUCAGUUACAAUGCAGAGUGUUUUGGCCCUCGAUGCGACGCAUCAAAUUCCACACCUGAGCUUGAGAUCGCCGCUAUCCAGACAACCAUGUCGAGCGGAUCGCGUGAGAUCUCUCUUCAGCAAGUUGCCGGCGGGGCUCACGGCGGCGGCAUCCAGCCAGCAUCGAGUCGCGAUGGCCGUGCCGGCCGUCCAUGCCUCCGCUGCCCUCGCUCUCAUCCAGCCAGACAUCGCUCGAGCCACGGAGGACUUGUUGUUGCCACUAGCAGCACUCAACCCGGCGUAUGACAUGGUGGCGGAGGCGGCCCCCUUGGAGUUCAGCGUGCUGUUUCUGUAUCUGGGCGGACUGCUGGCGCUGCUGGGCUUCGGCACGUUCCUCGUGGUGCGCCAGGUGCUGGUGAAGCGCGAGCUCGAGAACGCCGCCAAGGAGCUGCAGGAGCGCGUGCGGUCGGGGGAGGCGUCGAGCGAGGAGUACUUCGAGCUGGGCGCCAUCAUGGUGCGCAAGAAGUUCUUCUCGCUCGCCAACAAGUACCUCGAGCUCGCCAUCGCCAAGUGGGAGGGCGACGAGCAGGAGCUCGCACAGGUGUACAACGCGCUGGGGUUCAGCUACUUCAGCGAGGACAAGUUCAAGGAGGCGGUGAAGGCGUACGAGAAGGCGGUGAGCCUGCAGCCCGCGUAUGUGACGGGGUGGAACAACCUGGGCGACGCGCUGGAGAGGCAGAAGGAGUGGGCGCGCGCACUCAAGGCGUACGACACGGCGCUGGUCUACGAUCCCUCCAACCGCAUCGCUGCUGGCCGUGCCAAGGACCUCAAGCAGCGAGUCGAGCGACUACGCUAUUAACCACUCUGCCCCUCUUCUGCACAUUGCUUGACCUACCUCCAUCCACACUGCUUCGAGAACCAAGAAAGAAGCACUAGAUUAGAUGUUUAGCCGUGGAAAUAGAGGCGUUGAAAUCAAUUUAAAGGCACAUUUGAUGUGUUUUGCAUAGAAGUUUCAGUUUGUGUCGGCUUUUUUGUGUCUGUUGUGCACUUGUGUAACAUUCGUCACUGUAAGAAGAUAGCAUGGCUUUGUU